CGGGAAGGGGAAGCCAUGGAGGACGAGCGGGAGGCGGCCCCUUUCGAGGUUUCGAAUGAGCCCAUUUCUCAUGGCGGCGGCGGUGGUGGUGGAGGAGGAGAGAAGACGGCCGAGAAGAAGAAGAAGGUGGUGGUGGUGAUGGGAGCGACGGGGGCCGGGAAGUCGCGGGUGGCCAUCGAUCUCGCUUCCCACUUCUCCGGCGUGGAGGUCGUCAACGCCGACUCCAUGCAAGUCUACAGAGGCCUCGACGUCCUGACCAACAAAGUCCCCCUCCCCGACCGCAACGGUGUUCCGCAUCACUUGUUAGGCUCCAUCGAUCCGUCCGUCGAAUUCACUUCCAGAGAUUUCCGUGAUCUCUCAAUUCCGAUCAUAGAUGACAUACUGUCACGCGAUGGCCUCCCAGUUGUCGUCGGGGGUACGAAUUACUACAUCCAGGCUCUUGUGAGUCCAUUCCUUGUCGAUGAUGUGGUGGAAAAUCUGGCAUCUUGCUCACUGGAUGGCCCGCAAGAACUUGGUGGAGCUGACGAAGUUGCUAGCUUUGAGCAGCUUAAGGAGAUCGACCCAGUCGCAGCCAACAGGAUCCACCCGAAUGACCAUAGAAAGAUAAAACGUUAUCUCAAUUUGUACGAAAGCUCAGGUGUCCUUCCUAGUCAUCUUUUCCAAGGAGAGAAUGCUGAGAAGUGGGGACGUGCUGAUAGUUUCAGAUACAAUUGUUGUUUCGUAUGGGUGGAUGUUUCUCUUCCUGUGCUGGAUAGAUAUGUUGAACAAAGAGUUGAUUGCAUGAUCGAUGCUGGACUUUUGGAUGAAGUCCAUGAUAUUUACAGUCCAAACACAGAUUAUACCCGAGGCAUAUGUCAGGCUAUUGGUGUUCGUGAAUUUGAGAUGUUCUUUAAAAGCUACUUUUCCAUUGAAGAGUCCAAUGAGGUCCCACGGCCAGACUUGUCAGAGAUUUUGGAUAUGAAUGGUGGUGAGCUCAAAACCUUGUUGAUUGAAGCCAUAAACAAGCUAAAAGCCAACACACGUAAACUUGUUCGUCGUCAAAAACGAAGGCUUAAUCAGUUGAAGGCAUAUUUCGGAUGGGACUUGCACUGUAUUGAUGCAACAGAAGCCUUUUCUUGCAACUCAGGAGAUACAUGGCAUAAAAUAGUUAUUGAGCCUUGUGUCAAUGUUGUCAGAAAUUUUUUAUUGGAAGAAUCAAGUUCUUUAACUGGCAAGCAAGAACCAUGUCUCCAGAGUAAAAAUCUUGUUUUGAGGGACUUGUGGACCCAAUAUAUAUGCGAGGCCUGUGGCAAUCAAGUUCUCCGAGGGGCACACGAAUGGGAGCAGCACAAGCAAGGCCGUGGGCAUAGAAAGAGGAUCUUUCGGUUGAAGAAGCGCUUAGAUUCCUCCCGAGCAGGAUAGAAAAGUGUCUUAAAUUGGUUAAACACAACUAAUCUGAAGUAUCGUUACAGUAUUCGGUCAAUUGUGUAAUUGGCUGCUCCUUUGCUAUGUGAUGCUGAUUCCUUGCAAGAUCAGGAUAUAAGUUUCUGAAACAUGGUCAAUACUCUUGCUGUAAAGUCAAUUUCUUGCCACAUCUUUUGAGAUAUUUAGUCAGUACUAGUUCAUUCGCA